ACCCAAUUCUUUGUAUUCCUCCAUUUUCAUUUAUUUAAGCAGCCUUUAAAAAAAAACUCUCACUAUAAUUUUAUUUUUCAAAUUCAAUUCAAACUUAACUUUAUUCAGUCAAUAUUAUUAUACCCAUUAUACUCCUUUUUCUUACUCCUAAAAUCCUCCCAUUUUUCCCAUUUUUUUUACAGGGGAGAAAGAAACAUCAAAAGUUACUAAAAUAAGUAAAUAAUUGUCGGAUGGGCAUAUCAUUUUCAUGUCCGUUUGCUAAUUAUAGCGACAUUGAUAGUGGGUUACAAUCCAUUGUUGUAAAAUCUGUUUGUUUGGGGGAUGAUGAAGUUAAAACCCCAGAAAGAUCAAUCAGUUUCAAGAAAGAAGAUGAUUCAGACCCCAUGAUUCUUAAGAAAUCAUUCAGUUAUGGAAAAAUGAUAGUUGAAGGUUCUUUUAGUUUUAAACAAAGGGAAUUUGAUACAUUGAUCUGUGUUGUUCCUAACUCCAUUGAUAAGAUUAAGGAUUUGGGUAUUAACCCAUCUCCGAAAUCGAAUGUCUCCGUCUUUUCUCCUUCUCCGGGAGCUCAUUUUGCUAGUCCUAAAGAUGAGGCAGCUGUUAAGUUGCAGAAAGUUUAUAAAAGCUUCCGUACUAGAAGGAAACUUGCUGAUUGUGCUAUUCUUGCUGAGCAAAGCUGGUGGAAGGUUAUAGACUUUGCGGAGCUCAAGCAUAGUUCAAUAUCGUUCUUCGACAUUGAACAACACGAGACUGCAAUCUCGCGGUGGUCUAGAGCGAAAGUUAGAGCUGCUAAGGUUGGUAAAGGUUUGUCUAAGAAUAGCAAAGCUCAAAAACUUGCUUUACAACAUUGGUUAGAGGCUAUUGACCCGCGACACCGGUAUGGACACAAUCUUCACUUCUACUAUGCUAAAUGGCUUGAGUCACAAAGUAGAGAACCCUUCUUUUAUUGGCUUGAUAUCGGAGAAGGAAAAGAGUUUAACUCCGAGAAAUGUCCAAGAUGGAAACUUCAACAACAGUGCAUCAAAUACCUUGGACCGAUGGAAAGAAAAUCGUACGAAGUUGUAAUCGAGAAUGGUGAAUUUGUCCAUAAAGAUAGCGGGGAACUCUUGGAUACCUCGUCUGAGCCCCACGCUAAAUGGAUAUUUGUGCUAAGUACAUCGAAGAAUUUGUAUGUCGGGAAGAAGAAGAAAGGAACAUUUCAACACUCUAGCUUUCUUGCCGGAGGUGCCACAUUAGCUGCCGGUAGAUUAGUAGUUGAGAAUGGUAUUCUAAAGGCAGUAUGGCCUCACAGUGGGCACUACAAGCCGACACCAGAAAACUUUCAAGAAUUCAUUUCGUUCCUUAGAGAAAACGAUGUGGAUCUUACCGAUGUUAAGUUAGAUCCAGUGGAUGAGGACGAGCAAGGACUACUGUCGCAAAGAAGCAGUCUCCACUCAAGAAACAACUCAUCCGAAGAAGAACUCAUCGAAGAAAAUGCAGUCGAAAAAAUCUGUGUCACUGUCGAUGCUGCAGCACCGAAACCUGAUGUAUUAGACGAGACAACUGCAUUCGCAGUUUGUCCCAAUCAUUCUGGCCGAUUCAGUAGAAAACUAACCUAUCUCGAAAUACCCACGAGAGAGGACCUUCUGACGACAAUGCAAACCGAAAAUCUAGCCCAAAAAUCCAGCCUAGACGAUCUAAUUGUAGACGGAGGAUACGAUUCAGCCUCUGAUCAGGACGAUGAACAAACCGAUAGUCAAGACAAUGAGGCGGAGGAAGAGAUGGAGGUUAUACCUGCAGAAUCGAUACUACAGAGGAUAAAUUCCCAUAAAGACACGAAAUCUUAUCAGCUCGGAAAGCAAUUGUCGUGUAAAUGGACAACAGGCGCAGGGCCUCGAAUUGGGUGUGUUCGGGACUACCCGUCAGAACUACAAUUCCGGGCUUUAGAGCAAGUCAGUUUGUCUCCUAGGAGUGCAUACGCUCUAAAGUCGUUGUUUUCUCCUGGCUCUCAGGCUGGAUCGAGCCCACGAGCCUCAACACCAAUACCAAUUGCAUCUAGAAGAAGUAUCGGGCUCGGGCCGUAUAGCAAGGUUGAUCUGUCCCCCCUGUCCAAACCCAAAAAACCUACAGUAUAACUGAAAGUAGUGAAAUUUUAUAGUAGUACUGACCAAAUCAAUAUUCUUUGUUAUUUAAUUCUUUCUGUACCUUGUGUAUAGAGAAAAGGAUAGUAGAUUGGUAACUAUAGAUUUAGGAAUUCUUGUCAUUUUUUAUACCUUCAGUCUAUACACAUUAUAGUUCAUUUAAACCCUAUGACAAGUUUUGUAGAUUAUACGGGUUUAUACGAAUACGAUACGUAUGCAGGAAGAACAUAACAAAUGAAAAUGAUAUUAAAAAAUGAAUACAGAAUUUUUUUCAGUUAUUUUUAUC